AUGUGUGUCGGGUUUUCUCGACCUUCACACAAGACAUUCAUCUUAAAGAAGAAGCUGUCGAAGAAACAGAGGCAAAACAGGCCUAUUCCUUAUUAAAUCCGCAUGGGCACUGACAACACCAUCCGCUACAACGCCAAGCGCAGGCAUUGGCGCCGCACCAAGCUCGGAUUCUAAGGAUAUAUACAUUUU